CCUUUCGAUCCCCAGGCCUCCUUAUUCUCAUUUCAAAAUGGCGUCCGCCGCACGAAGAGCUAAUCCAGUUGAUUAUGUAAAUUUGAACAAUUUAUCGUCGGAAGUUAUGUAUGAAAGCGGAAAGAAGCCAAAAGGAAAGUUUUUUCCAGUUGAUAGACUUAUUUCUCGAAAGCAAAUUGAUCAUACUUGGCAUUAUUUGGUAAAGUGGUCUGGAUGGCCUUUGCCUGCAUCAAGUUGGGAGCCCUACGAUCAUUUGAAUCCAGCGCUUUUACGGAGCUAUGAAAAUCCAUCAAAGCCAGAUCAAGGCAGAAUUGAGCAAGCUAGUAGAAGUUUUUAUGAUGCCAUAGCAAGGGCUCUUAAAGCGAAAUCUGCUACUCCUGUAGAUGCUCAGAUUGACCUUGAUUUACAAAGAUGGCUUUGGAAAGGAAAGGGAGUUCAAUCUGAACAUCUUGGUUAUAAAUUGUAUGAGAAACAUGAGUUUUGCAAUUUGAAUCUACAGGAAACAUGGUGGUAUUACCUUGAUAGCAAUGGCGAGGGCAGAGCAAUAAACUUUCCAAUUAAAAUAAAACCUCUAUUAUUGUGGUCACCAAAACGUUACAUUGUUCAAAAUGGAGAACUGAUUCAAGCAAAGAGAAUGCCCAUUGAGAAAGCUAAAAUUCAUUUCUCAAGACGAGCAUGUAGUGCCGAGACACUUUAAAAUAUAGUUGUACACUUGUACUUGUACUUAGGUGCAUGCAGCACCCAAAAUGGUGCUUUUUAAAAGUUCCUUCAAUUUGUCAAGCUUUCGUAGUUUUGUUUUUAUUUUCAUUUCUUUUAGUUUUUCUUUCACUUCACAUAAACUCAUGCUGUCUACAUCCUGUGGGGUUAAUUGAUCUUGAUCGUUCUCGUCUUCUCUUGGAUCUACACAAAGACGC